AUGGACUCGAGCUUCAACAACUCCUCUUCCGACAAGUCUUACUCGCCUCCAGUAUCGAGAACCUCCACGCGCGAUACCACGCCUGAUUUCGGCCCGUUCUUUUUCACGACGAACGGAAUCAGUGGUAUGCGGAUCUGUGGUAUGGAAGCUUCCAACUCUUUCCAGGCGAGGGACCACCGAUACUCCGGCGAGAUGCCUCCCGCCGCCUUCCGCCGUUACAACCAGCAGCAGCAGUAUCACCAACACCCUCACCACUACCAGCCACAGCAGACCCCCAUGAGACCGAUUCCUGCCAACUCCACCGCGCCGCGCAGCCUCGAUGCCCCGAACUGGCGGAUGGGCAUGAGUCUGGCAAGCGGUCCGGCUCAGGGCCACGGCCACUACCACACGCUGAGCUCGACCAGCGGUCCUGAAUACAUGGUCAUGGAAUCUCCCGUGGCGGAGGGCCUGGCUGCCACAGACCAAGGUCGGGACGUGGGCGUCGACACUUCGGGAUUCUUCGCUUACUGCCUCGACCGUGGAAACGGUAACUACACCAGGCUCAUCCCGGCCGAUAUGCUCCCGCCCUUGGUGGGCAUCCCGGCAGUCCAGCACGGAGCUGAAGGCAUGCUUGUGCUGCCCGCGCCGCGGGGUCAGGAUGCCCAGAAUCCGUCAGGUGGCACCAUCCAGCCCGUCACGUUCAAGACCCCUCCACCGUCGCCGGCACCGGUCUCUGAUGCUCUUCAGAAGAGAAUCGAUCACAUCAUUGCCUCGUCUCCCGUCCCGCCCAAGAAACCCAAGAUCUACUGCGACAAGUGGGUUCACGAGGGCGUUUGCGCCUUCACGCAGCAAGGCUGCAAGUACAAGCAUGAGAUGCCGCUUGACAAGCCGACACAACACUCCCUGGGCCUGUUUCAUGGCCUUCCAACGUGGUGGAAGAAGCAGCAGGCGGAGCUGCAACGGCAGCAGCAGCAGCAGCAGGAACAACAAGAAGGCAGUGGCCCCGAGGCGUUCUACGAUACCCGCCAAGUGCAGCAGGAAACCUUGCCGUCGCCGAUCAGGUCCGAGAAGGACCUUUCGAGUCCGGCAGGAGCAUCCCAGUCAUGGAGACGAAUCGAGGAUGUAAGGGUGCAGGGGCGUAUGGACUCGAUGUCGCCGGUGAAGCAGGGUGGAGGCGGGUACAAGACUUCUGUCGAUCAGAGGACCGCUUAUCAGCAGCGCGUGGACUCUCCCACCUCCCCUUGCGUCUGGGGUCCCAUCGGUCCUCCAUCCAAACAAACCUCCGACCACACCCAGAUGUACCACCAGAACAUGGGACACUUCGGCGGUUCCAAUCACUUCGCGAUGCUGGACAACAUGGGCGAGCAAGGUGCUGGAUCACGGUACGGCCUUUGA